GCCCCCGUACGUCACCAAGUAUCGAGACUUCAUCGUGCCGUCUCAGCCACUUGGACUGGCGACGGUGGCCCCCACUGUCGUUCACCAUCGCCCCGACGCGUCAGAUAUCCUUCCUGAAGUUCAUGGCAGCAGAGUGUGAUGGGCCAUCGAUGUUAGUUGGAAUUGCCCUACACAAGGGUAUGGACAUGGGCGCCACCGCCUACCACUGGACGCUGGCCAUGCAUCCCCAGUCAUACGACGCCCCGAUCGUCCGAACCUACGAACUGAUCAACCGCGACGACGAAGGCCGGCCAACAGCGUGGAAAACGCGUUUCAGCCAGAGACCGUUGUACGGGUCGACCAAGCUCGUGGGCGUCGUUCACGUCGCACGCGUCCCCGCUACCGAAGACGACUUGGACGAAUUCUUCAGUGCAUUCGGCCCCGAGCGCGACGAUUAUCCGACGGGCGGGCGCGGCUGGACGAGCGUGGGGUGGGUCAUGCGGUGCAUACGAUACCUGGAGAUGAGUGGUCUGGUUCCCCUGCGCUUCACCGACGAAGAGAUUUUUGUACGGGUCUUGCAGUUGGGCGUGUUAAUGGAGGAGAAGCGGUCACGAGGAGAAAGCUCAGCAGUCCCGAGAAUGAACUUAUGACACUUCCCAAGGGCGGCACUCGCUAUACCCAUUCAUUGAUGUAUUCUAGUCUCUCCGUAUACAAGCUCCGAUCCGUGUCCGAGAUGCAGACGUCGGCGGGAUUUCCAGGCCC